UUCUUGGAGGAUUUGAGUCAGUUCUUAAUGAUUUGUCCACCGAAGAGCAACCUAAUCGUGACGUCAUGACGUGCUCGAGGUUUGAGUAGUUUUUGUGGUGAUGAGUAUAGUGUGAACAAUUUUUUUGAAUUAUAAUUAUUUAUUACGUUUUUAUUUUGAUUGGAGUUUAUUGAAAUUUUGGGGUUUUGGUGGAGGAAAAUGCACCUGAAGAUGCUGCUCAAAACUGCAAUCGUCUGUUGCUUACUAGCAACCGCUUCGGCUGCGGAAGAUAAUAAAAAGAGGAAAGGGAAAAGGAAUUUAGAGUAUCUGACGCAUCACCCACAGAACUAUAGGUUGGAAAGAAGGAUAGCUGUCGGUCCGAAUAGAUUUUUUCCACAAAGAACAUUGUAUAGAAGACCUCAAUCAGUACCCGCUCCACCCUACGCGGUCCCAAUGGAACCAUUAAUGCAAUAUUCCCAAAGAGAUCCUUUGUAUGAUCCAAACUUAAUAAACCAUAGUGAUGGGAAUGACUUACAAACCGAUAAUAAUCAUUUAGCUGAAAAUAUUUAUGGUAAACACGUCAUUGAGCGUCCUGUAUAUAUAAAAGAACCUGAGCCUAUUAUUGAAAUUAUUAUCAAAGAAUCGAAUGUGACUCUUCCACCACCCAUUCAACCACCACCAACACCUAAAAAGAAAGAACAAGUUCAAGUCUUUUAUGUAAAAUACAAAAAAAAUCCUGGAGGUAAAGGAAAGGAUAGUAUUAUAUAUGAAAAACCAAUUCCGGCACUUUCACCUCACGUUGUUAAAGAUGAAGAAGAAGUGGUUCAUAAACCGGAACAUUUACCUGACUUUGUUACAUCAGCUCCUCCACCAAGCACAACUUUAAGAGCGAUAAUUAAACCUGAAUCGGAAACAUUUCAUGCUCACAAAGGAAUUCAUAUCACAUUUGGAGGAAUUGAAGAAAAAAAAGAACACGAUGAUGAAAAUGAGGAGUCAGCACCUCAGCCUAUUGUUUCACUUCCACAGGAACAGAGAUCGUUUAGAACUGAAAGGCAAAGAAUCCCACAACCUUACACACCUUUCGAACAACCGCCGCAAUUUGGGAGAAGAAUUCCGCAAUUUUCUUCGCAACAAAAUUCGUUCCAUGGAUUAAGUGGAUCAGCAAACGGGCCACCAAUUUCUUCAAUCAGACAUGUACAAGGAGGACCCAAUCCAACACAUAAUCAAAUUAAUUUGCAAAAUCGACCAAUUAAUCAACAAAAUCAUCCACAACCACCUCCAUUACAUCCAGUUCUUCCUCCACAAAGUCCUCCUCAUAUAAGUUUUCGCCCACAAUCUAAUUUUAAUCCAACACAAAAUCAACAAUCUCAAAUUUCUCAAUCAUCUCAAAUUUCCCAUUCCCAAUCAUCUCAAAUUCCUCAAAAUCAGCAAUUACCUCAUUCUCAACCUCAUCAAAUUCCAAGAACUCCACCGUUUACUCAACAACUCCCGAAUCAUAACAGACCAGUUUUUCAAAAUUAUAAUUAUUUCAAACAACAAUCCCAAGUAAUAAUUCCUCCCACAAAUUUUAGACAACCAGUACCUUAUCAACCGUUCGAUCAAGUUAGAGUACAAACUCCGACAUUUCCUAAACCACAUCCUCAUUUUCCAAUAAGACCACCAAAUCAACCCCCCGUUAAUUUUAAUCAAAAUUUUCCACCUCAUAUUAGCCAGUUUGAAAAUGGUUUUGCUCAACAAUUACCCGUUCCUCAAAAUCAGAUUAAUUUUAAUCCCGAUGGAAAUAAUAAUCGUGAGCAAUUCAAUCAAGAGCAAGUUAAGAAUCAAAAAUUAGAAUUUGGACCCCAAUUUGGGCAACAAUUUGGUCCGAAUCAAGAUGAUUUGAAACAACAACAAAGUAAGCAGCAAGAAGAUGAGUUUAGGAAACAACAAGAAUUUAGAAAACAACAAGAGUUGCAACAAUUCCAGCAACAACAAUUACAACAUCAACAGAUUCAAAAUCAACAAAUUCAAAAUCAUCAACAAAAUCAAAAUCAACAACAAUUUAGGGAAGAACCAAAUAAUCAAUUUAGAGAUCAAAAUCAACAUCAUCAACAAAAUGAAUUUAACAAAGAUGCAAAUCAGAAUCAACAUAUAAUUCCACCAGGUGGUGAAUUAAUCCAUUCUUUGCCAAAAUACGAACAACAUUAUCAAGUUAACCCAAAUGGUCAACAUCAAAAAAUUCAAUUUACCGAGAAUCAAAAUAUUCAACAAAAUCAACCCCCUCAAAGUCUUCCGUUACAAUCUGCUUCGACCCAGUCUCAAACUCAACAAAACUUUUUAAACCGCGAACAACACAGACAAAGACUCCAACAACAAUUUCAACAAUCAACGUAUCAAAACGAUAACAAAGGUAAACCUACGGAUGUUGAUACAAAACAAAACGAACAGUUUUUAAGACAAUUUCAACAAUCAACGUAUCAAAACGAUAAUAAAGGUAAACCUGUGGAUGUUGAUACAAAACAAAACGAACAGUUUUUAAGACAAUUUCAACAUCAACACCAACAACUACCUCAAUUAGCUCAGCGUCAACGACCGCAAUUUGAUUCGUUGAACUUUGAUUCUCAACAAAGUCAACAAUCAUUUGCUGAACAACAAUUCCAAGAAUUACUUGCUAAUCAUCCUCGAGGACCUACAUUGUUAGAUCCACCAAGUACGACGACUCAAAGAAUUAGAUAUCAAUCAACGACAGCUUCACCUAAAUCUCCAACAACGACCGAAUCCACAACAACAACUAAAGACCCAAAAGUUCUUAAUUUACAACUUCCUGAUGAGGUUCCCGAUGAUUUACGUCAACAAUUGUUGUCGUCAGGAAUUUUAAAUAACGCGGAUAUCUCUGUUUUGGAUUAUGAUAAAGUUGGUGAUAUCCCACUUUCCGCACUCCCACCUGAUCAACUUGCAAACUUUUAUGGUGCUGGGGGAGCCGCUCAAUUAGCGUCGGGAAGUGCUCCAGUUCCAUCAAUCGUAGCACCUCCGAAAUCAAUUUCUACUAAAAAAAUCGAUGAUCAAGAAUCAGAUCAAGAAGUUGCAGCUUCGAGCAAUGAAGAGGUUAAAGUACCGGCCGUUGAAAUGAAAGUUGUUCGAUACGAUCCGGAGAGUUCGGAGGGAAAGGAAGUGCCGAAAAAGUAUAUUAAAGAUGAUGCAAAAACGACCGAACCGGUUACGUUGAAUGAAUCUUACAACCGAUAUCUUCCGUUGAAGGUUAAUGGGGCGCAAUUUCCAAUUCCUGAUAUCCCGGAAUUGAAAGGGAAGAAAAUUAGUAGUGUAGUCGUUUUGGCUCCGGUCGAUUAUGAAUUUGAAAAACGAAAGGUUAAAAGAGCUGCUGAGUUGGAAGGGUUACAGUUUCCGAAAGAAUCGCCUUUGAAGAGAUUAUUGGACGAUCCUUCUAAAGAAAAUUAUAUCCGAUUUUUGGAAAGUGAGAAUAAAACGUCGGCAAAUCAUCAAGCUGUUAUUUUGCUAGUAACUGAACCUUCAGGAAAUGCAAAGGAAAAAGAGAUUUUCAUGUACGACGUUGCAACACAAUCGGUAAGCAAAUUGAGCGGUGAACUGUCAUCGGCUUUUGUAGAAGCAGCAGAUGCGAAUAGUAACGAUUCGGACGCGUCAGCAUCAAAUUUAGUUGAAGUUCGAAUACCGUCCCCAAAAGAUGAAAUCGACAGGGUGGAUGUGGAAGGGGACGCUUUGGAAUUGGAGAGUGCCGCAUCGGAAAACGUAGCUGCCAGUAAAAUUCCAAUUAUCGAUCCGAUGGAUGCUGAAUUGGAACCGCAAGGAUCGGAAAACUUCGAACAUUUCGUUGAUAUAUCAGGACAAGAUCUUUCAGUUUCCGAGGAACAUGUGCAAAUCGAAUCUGGAUAUAGCAAAACUGAAUCAAAUCAUAAAUGAUUCGAUUAAAUUAUGAUAUGGAAAGAUGAAAAGUUUACUAAAAUGAAAUGAUUUAAUCAAUUUGAUGAUUUAACUAAAUAAUAAAUUAAAUAAAUGUAAACAAACAAAAAUGAA